GUGAUUGGUGGAAGUAGAUCAUGUGACUUGGACAAAAUGGAGAAUACAAGACCUGGAAAUCAUGAGAGGGGAUGGAAUGAUCCCCCAAUGUUCCUAUACAAUGCUCAGCUGCAGAGUGACUCAACAAAGACACCCAAGGGACGUACUCAGCUCAAUAAGCGUGUAGCUUUCCCCGCAGAUUACUCAUCCCCAACUGUGCCCAUGAGUCAGACUGGAGAGCCAUCUAAAGGACCCCCUACAGGGAAUGCAUUAACUGGUGAAACUCCACCCCAAGGAAGCAUCAUGAUCCUUCCCCCCACAACAACAACUGCUAUAUCCUCUCAACCAUUACCUCUUCUUAUCACCUCAUUGGACAAUAACCAAGAUAUAGCAAAUGCUGUUCCAUUGUCACCCCCUCCACAUGAAACACACGAGGCUGCUCCAUUCACUCCCCCUGAACAGGUGGCUCCAGUAGAGAAUGUUACAAAGAGUGAUUCUGAGAAUCUAAGUGAUGAGGAAUUAAAGAGUAAUACUUUAGAAUUACUACAUCAAGUCAUCCAAAAUGGAACUGAUGCUAUGGAGAAAAGGGUAACAACUGAUAUUACAAAGAAGAUAUUAAUCUUUGAAGAUUUCUGGAAGAAAGAUAAAUUGUGCGAUGAUGUCAAGCUGAAAAUGAACAAACUCGCAAAAGCUCUUGCUUUGGGUGAGUGUGAUUUGGCCCAUGACUUGCAUCUUUCUCUCAUGAUGGACUACAUCACAGAAGUACGGCAAUGGAUGGUGGGGGUGAAACGUUUAAUCCAAGAAGCAAGGACUUUCUCCAAGACCUUGCAUGAGACAUAUAUUACAGAGACAUCUAUUGAUGAUAAUACAGUUAAAAAAGACAAACUGAUUGUGACAUCUGUAAAUCCAGAUGAUACUAAAGUGACCACAGAGGAAAAUACACUUGUCCCUGACCUACAUGUGCCUCAAGAGGAACAAUCUCCAGAGAUAAAAGAUCUGUCCCUGCAGGAUGACAGUUUAAGUAAAGAUAUGGACUUAAAACCUGAUCAACAAAUGUCAGAGACUCAUCCUGAAAGCACCAAAUCAUGACGUAUAAAUUCUAAUAAUAUCUAAAUUGUGCAAUUUGAAGUUCUGAGGAAUGAGCUAUUGUAUAGUGGAAAAUCUAGUCGCUUUUAGAGAAUUAAAUUGAAAUCCUAAUAAAUUGAUGAUCAUUUUUGCAUUUACUAAUCAAAACAAUGACAUUUUUUGGUGGAUAUGAGCUUUGCACUCAAACAAUUAUAUAUUCAUGUAUUAACAGAAUUCCUAGUGAAUGAGGGAUGCUGUCUUUGCAAGCAGGGACAGAGCUUGCACUGAAGAAAUUAAAAGGAAGAGUGAAAUGUUCAGAUGUUAGAAGCAAUCUUUUUAAAAAUCAUGCCAUCUAUUCCUUAGUCUAAUUAUUUGAAAAAAGAAUUGAGAUAUCUCAUCAAAUAAUGGACCUAUCUUUUUUAAUCUAUAUUUGAUUGAAAAGUAAAAAAAAAUUUAAGGAAGUAUGAUGAAAUAAUGGCAUAACUGUUGGACUUUUUCGAAAAUAUGACGAUGAGAGCAGACAUUUUUCAAAGCUCUCAUCUUGUUACCAUUCCUUCUUCUCUCUUUAAAUGUAACAUUUCAAAUAAAUUAUGAAUAAAUGUACUGAAUCUGUUUAAAAUAGGAUACUGAUGAUAAUCAUGAGUGUAAUCAUCUUCUGAAAUUAGCCUACCUACCAGUUGGUUUUUGUUGUUGAUCAGUUCACUAUACUGUAGUAUAAAACUCUAACUCUAAAACUACUGCCACUAUACAUUCUA